AUGGGUUAUCAGUUGCCGUACAAAACAUUACAAAUUAUCGAUUUACGGGACAGCAGGAUUUACGCUUUGAUUUGUGCUUAUCAAACAAUGGUCGUACCUUCUAUAGUUUUUGGUUACGUAGGAAUCGAUUGCAUAUUCGUCAAUUUGUCCGUUCUAGUAAUCGCACAAUUCGCCAUAUUGUCCGAUAAGGUGAAUGAAGCAUUAAAUAAUUCUGAAAAUUGUCAUGAUGGUAUUAAGAAACUUGUAUUACGACAUUAUCAUUUGAUAAGAUUUGCGGAAAAAUUGGAGGAUAACUUUAAUAUCGUGAUCAUGCAACAAUUGUUGGGUACCGUCAUCCAUCUUUGUAUUUCCGGUUAUCAUCUACUGAUGGACGAUGUAAUGAACUUUCAAUCGUCGAAAAAAAUUUUAAUUGGUAUUAAUGUUCGUGUUUUUGAAAUAAGCAAGCCUUUUUUCCUCGCAGCUUUUUGCGAGUUAAGGUCAACCAUAGUUUUGCAAGAUUCAUCUUCUUAUGUGGCAUACUGA